AUGUUGGCAGAGGAUGAUCAGCAGGCAAUGAGCAAAGUUUAUGAGGAAAUUACGGAAGUUUUGGGCUCUUUCUAUACCGAAAAUGACGAAGCUAAGAAAGAGGAAGUCAAAACCGAGGCAGACGCAGAUUCUCCAGCCGAGCAAGAACCACAAGCUAUUGAUGAUAUCAGAACUGUUGGAGCUUUUGCCAAUGAAACCCUUAUUGAUGGAGUCAAAGAACUUGAAAUUCUAAUCACGAUGAGAAAUCCUAUGAAAAUCGACGAAUUUGGAGAGUUUUCUGAUAAACUUGCUUCCGCUUUAGCCACGUAUACAAUCACUUCUAGUGAGGAAGCUGCUAGUAUAAGAGUCGAAUCUUUGACUGGCUUUCGUGCGAACUGCUUCAUCACAUGCUCUGGCAACAAAAUAAAGACAAGCGCCGAGGAACAUCUUCAAAAACGUCUCAUGUACAAAAACUUCGACAUGGGCAAACGGGCCAAGUGGUUUGCUGACAAUUGCGUUGAUCCAAACAUCCGACUCCUGGCGCGAAUCCUUUCCGAUUUCAAAGUGCGCUUCAAUGGCUUUCUUGGCAUGUCUCAGUGGGCUGUUGAACUUUUGGCGCAUUAUUCGAUGUCUACUUUUGACGAAGCUGGAAAUCCGAGUAUUUUGCCUGUCCCAAGCGCAUUGAAACGCUCCCUCAUGCUACUUUCUUCUGGCUUUUUCCUCCCUGGCUCGGCUGGCAUUCGCGACCCAGCAGAACGAGACGGUCGAUCGGUGCACAACUCGUUUUCGAAAUUAGAAAUGGAUAACAUUUGCUGCGCUGCUCAGUCUCUUCUCAGAAUUUUGAUGCAAGGUGGCGGCAGAAAAGUCUUCGGGCUUGAAGAUUCUACUGGGCUCUUGGAAGAAAUGCAAGUCAUCAACGAUGUCGUUGUUCAGCCUUCCGUACAAUGCUACGUCCACAAUGAAGAAACAACUCCUGAUCCAGUAGCUGCGGAAGGAGCAGCGCCUGUGAAGAUGGAAGCUUAA